GUGGAAGCAGCAAUAUGAAUGAACAGUUUUUAGGAGAUUAAAAGGGUUCAAAGAAAGAAAGAAAGAAAGAGCUGAGGGAAGUUUGUUCCAUAUCUUUAGCUUAACCGAGAAUAUUGUCAUAAUCUGAAUACAUUUACCAAAGAAAGUAACUGAUCCUUGUGCCAUAUCGUUUAUCGUCAUGGACCUCAAUGCAAUGGGUAGUUUGGUUCGAAUCAUGGCCUCAAAUAAGACUACUUCCCUGCAUACAAUUUUUGCAUUAUUGCAAAUUGAAGAAAGAUGUUGAACAAUAUCUUUGAACGUUGCUAUCCGAGUUUUCCUCUUGCAGAAAACAUGUCUUUCAUAAGACCAUAUGGACACAGGGCAUGCAUGCAUCAGGCAUGUAGCAGACAAACUCUGUCCACUGUCCUAUUGUAACUUAAGCAAGAAAUCUAGUACAGUUAGAUAACUUUAAAAAAAAUUAUAUAUAUAUAUAUCAUACCCUUUUUCAUCCAAUGAGGAUCUUCUCAAAUGAAAGCAAGAGGCUGGCCAAUCUUCUUUUUAGGCCGUGUGGCCUGUACCGUGCCAAAGAUUCGAGUCUUACACUGAGUCGUGAAUAGAAACAAUUCAAUCUUCCCAAGAGACACAUGACUUGUUUGACUAUUUUGUGCUUAGCAGAGAACUGAGUGAUCUCUUAGCUCACUCAUUGUUGGGUCGUCCCAUGGGUUUCGUGCACCAACUAUUUUUCCCACAUAUUUUAUUGUCCAUAGGCAAAGAAACGAGAUAGAUAAAAUGAAAGUGAGAGACAGAAAGGGAGGUUUUUUAUCAAGAAUCAAUCAUUUUCACCACCACCCUUGUUCACUGUCUAGUGAUUGUACCUUGCUUUGUCUUCAUUCUUUUUGGCCAAAGAUUUUAUGCAACAUUUUUCUUCACGACUACAUAACAACCACGGCUUUUAGAUUAACUACCAGUUAUUUUUUAUUAUGCCAUGCCAUGUACACGAUUCUCUUCAUGAUUUGCUCUACAUGUAAAUCUGCACCUCCUCUGUAAAUUCUUUGCCAUAUCUGAAACCCCCCCUCCCCUCCCCUUGAGUUUAAUAUGGGAGACACUCCAGGCCCGUCAUCCUCUUCAUCCCCUCCCCUUUCUCCAAAGUCAAAUUUGCCUAUGCUUUAUUACGGCCUGGUCGUCGUGGGAACAGCUGCUAUCGUGCUGGCUAUAUACAACCUAAUCAUCAUUCGGUGGUGCACACGGCGGCAGGAUGAGCCCAGGCAGAGACCUACCAGGCUUGCAGAACUAACGGCCAGCCAGAGUUUUGAAAACCCCAGCAGGAACUUGCUGUCAAGUUUUAAGUACAGGAAGGAAAGCAGCAACAUCGGGUCCCAAGACCCAGGUGGAGAAUUUGAAUGUGCAGUUUGCUUAUCAGUUUUCGAAGACGGAGAGGAGGUGAGGCAGCUACCAAGGUGCAAGCAUUCUUUCCAUGCUCCUUGCAUAGAUAUGUGGCUGUAUUCUCAUUUUGAUUGCCCGCUUUGUCGUGCCUGUGUCGAUCCUUCUCCGUUUUGUCAUCAGCACACAGUGGUUAAUUCACCAGAGAAUUCCAGGGAAGAUUUGCUGGAUACCAGCAUCCCAGUUUGAGUCCUCCAUUUUUGUUGAUCUGUUCUCUUCUUCUCUUCUUUGCUUUAUCCCUUUGUUGAUGGAUUAGGUAGGGAAAGUCUGAUACCCAGGCUGUCUUGGUCCUGGUCUUUGUGGGCCUGAGAUGCGUGACGAUCUUAACAAAGACUAAACCAAGGAAGCUAGUUAACUCGUUUUAGUGCUCCAACUGGGUUAGGGUUAACGCGGGACGGCGCCAGCCAUGUCGCUUCCCUUUGUAUAUAGAAAUCAAGUUUUGGUAUGUAGCAUACACAAUUUAUCCCAGAAACUUCUUGCACUUAUUGUGUAACAACAGAAUACUGGUCGAUGAUGCAGUUUUGUCAGAGGGGAGAGUCUCCAUUGACAAUGACAAGAAUAAAAAUCUCAUUCCUGCCUUCGAAAAACAAAAAACAAAAACAUUUCAACUAGCUAUUCUAUGUUUUUGUGCCCGCCAUCAGCAGGUCCUAUAUUGUGCAGCAAACACUGCAAUGCAAGUUUUACAAGGGCAAGCUCGGAGGUCAAGUUUCCCAGCACAAAAAACUCCACUUAUAGAACCCACUGUCCUAGCUAUAGAAUACCAUGACUAGUUGACCAGCAGAAUAAACAUCACUCAUAGAACCCACUGUAAUAGCUCCUCCACCGGCAAAACAAACUCAAAAACUUCUUACUAUCAAUAUCGCACUUAACUUUUAACAAAAAUUCGACGGCUUCAUGUGCCAGACACCCAUAAGAUCAGAAAACUUGGCAAUAAAUCUUGCAUUUCCAGGGUUCAUUCAAUGAGUUUCCCAGGGACCACAAUCUUGAUACUUUUUGUUGCCCAUCCAAACAACACAAAUGAGGCGAUGCCACAAUGGGCACACAUGUAGAUGUACACAAGAGGUUAACUAAUCCACUAAAAAUUGAACAAUAAGCUGUACAGCUGACUCCAAUAGAGUGAAUACAAAACCUAUUUACUGCGAAAGCAUGAUUAAAUUUACAUAAAGUAAUUUAUUAUAAUUUCCACGUAUUUCCAAAUCCUGAAUCAAUAAACUCUGGCAUAGUUUCCAAAAUGUUACAAUCCAAAUGCACUUUCACAUAAAACAUAGAGGUGAUGUCUAUAUUAUACAGAAGUAGCUAGGCAUACUUACUACAUCCUUCUCAAAU